AUGGGUGCCCCGGGCGCCCUGGGGCGCGCCACGUGGGUACUGUCCGGGAGCCUCCUGGCCGCGGCCCUGGCGCUGGUGGGCCGAGGCCGGCUCCCCGCAGGCCCGGGCCCCCUCCGUGGCGCCCUCGGCGCGCAGCCUCCCUCGGAUCCCCCCGCGGCUCCCGGAGCCCGGCCCUGCCCGGAGACGCCUCCCGGGCGGAGCGGGGCGGGGCCCCAGAGGACGGCGCAGGACAUGCCCCGUGUGAUUUGGCCCAAUGUGGAAAGCGCACACGUUAGGACUUCAGUGGAAGCACCACUUGGAAUGAAAUUCAACCAGAAAACAGAAGUCUUUGACCCACUCCCAACUUCUGCAGCCUCUAGUGGGCUGUGGACUCAUUCCUUAUUUGCUUUUAUACCAUCAUGGCCUAAGAAGACCUUAUUUAAAAGAGAGUCUCCUAUAACACACCUCCUGUAUGGAGAUAUUUUACGAAGUUCUGAAAAUGGAGUAAUUUUCCAGAAAUGUGCACUGGUGUUUGGGCAGAGCGAAUCGCAGACAGUGCACGUGCAGCUGCUGGUGAACAACACCAGGACACCCUUGUCGGCCACCCUCUUGGACCUGCUCCUGCUGGACAACAUCACUGGCCUCAGCAUUAGGGAGUCAAUUGGAAAUAAGACCUCAGAAGGAUUCCAGGUGUUCAGAAAGCAGUUUCUGCCAGUGGGAGAUGCCUACACCGUGAGCUACACAGCCGCGCUGCAGCCUGGAGCAGUCGGGAACCGGGAGAGCCUGACACUGCCUGCCCAGCUCACCUUCCAGAGCUCCUCACCGAACAGAACACAGCUAAAAGCCCUUUUCACCAUAACAGCAGAAGAAAAGAUAACGGUUCUGCCACACCACGGUCUCCACGCAGCAGGCUUCUUCAUUGCAUUCCUCGUCUCCUUUGUGCUGAGCUGGAUCUCACUUUUCUUCCUGGUUCGACAUCAGUGUCUGAAGGGAGAUGUGUUUACCAGACAUCGGGUCUGGCGUCACGAGAACAAGCUGGAACCCUCACCGUUCACCUCAGCUGAUGGUGUGAAUGAGGACCUUUCCCUUAACGACCAAAUGAUAGACAUUCUGUCUUCCGAGGACCCCGGGAGCAUGCUUCAAGCCUUAGAAGAGUUGGAGAUUGCAACCCUGAACCGGGCAGAUGCAGAUCUGGAGGCUUGUCGAACCCAAAUCAGCAAGGAUAUCAUUACCCUUCUCCUGAAGAAUCUGACCAGCAGUGGCCACCUCUCCCCACAAGUAGAGAGGAGGAUGGGUGCUGUUUUCAAAAAGCAGUUUCUGUUGCUGGAAAAUGAAAUACAAGAGGAAUAUGAUCGGAAGAUGGUGGCACUGACGGCUGAAUGUGACCUGGAAACAAGAAAGAAGACAGAAAGCCAGUACCAGAGGGAGAUGGUGGCAAUGGAGGAAGCGGAGGAGUUGCUGAAACAUGUUAGUGAGAGGUCUGCUGCAGAGUGCAACAACCUUCUGCGGACCCUCCACAGCCUGGAGCAGGAGCACUUGAGGAGGUCUCUUGCUUUGCAACAAGAGGAAGACUUUGCCAAGGCUCACCGGCAGCUGGCUAUUUUCCAGAGAAACGAACUGCAUAAUAUCUUUUUUACCCAGAUAAAGAGUGCUAUUUUCAAAGGGGAACUGAAGCCAGAGGCAGCUAAAAUGCUGCUGCAAAAUUAUUCUAGAAUACAGGAGGAUGUAGAAGAGUUAAUGGACUUUUUCCAGGCUAGCAAAAGGUAUCAUCUAAGUAAAAGAUUUGGCCACAGGGAGUACCUGGUCCAGAACCUACAGUCGUCAGAGACACGUGGGCAAAGCCUCCUGAGCACUGCCGCAGCGCAGCUGACGCAUCUCAUCCAGAAGCACGAGAGAGCGGGGUACUUGGAUGAAGACCAAGUGGAAAUGCUAUUGGAGCGGGUUCAGACAGAAGUCUUUGCUACAAAACAGAAGUUGGACAAUGACUUAAAGCAGGAAAAGAAAAAGCUCCACCAAAAAUUAAUAAUUAAGAGAAGACGAGAGUUGCUGCAAAAGCACAAGGAGCAGCGAAAAGAGCAAAUGUCCAUUGGCGAAGCCUUCCGAGCCGCUGAAGACAUUGCCCAGUACCUGUGCCAGUGGCGGAGCAUGAUGGGAGAGCACAGCACUGCCCUGGAGGAGCUGCAGGAGUGUCUGGAUCAGGCGGCCCUGGACGACUUCAGGGCCCUGACCCUCUCACUGUCCGAGAAAGCCACUGAGGAGCUGCGGCGCCUGCAGAACUCAGCCAUGACCCAGGAGCUGCUCAAGCGCAGCGUGCCCUGGCUCUUCCUGCAGCAGAUCCUGGAGGAGCACAGCCAGGAGAUGGUUGCCCGAACUGAACAGUUGGAGGGCGAGCAGCGGGACAGGGACCAGGAGGGCGUCCAGAGCGUGAGGCAGAGGCUGAAGGAUGACGCACUGGAGGCCUCGAUGGAGGAGCAGGUGGAGCUGAGACACUGGGAGCGCUUGGUCUUCAUGAGGCUCAGCGCCUCGGCCUUCUCCCUGUCUGAGGAGGAGCUGCUCAGGCUGAGGCAGGAGGUCCACGGCUGCUUCGCGCAGAUGGACAGGAGCUUGGCCCUCCCCAAGAUCCGGGCUCGAGUCCUGCUGCAGCGGUUUCAGACCGCGUGGCGAGAAGCAGAGUUCCUGAAACUGGAUCAGGCCCUGGCUGCUCCUGAGCUGCAGCAACAGUCCAAGGUGAGAAAGCCGCGGUCCAAGAGUAAAAGCAAGACGGACCUUUUCAAGAAGUGCAUUGAAGAUAAGAUUCACCUGUGUGAGGGACAGGCCCCUGAGGACCUGGCAGAAAAGGUGCGAGGAGAGUUGCUGCGGGAGAGAGUGCAGCAGCUGGAGGCCCAGGAGGCAUGCUUCGCGGAGUCGCUUGCUGCUCUGCAGUUCCAGAAGGCGGCCCGGGCGACGGAGACCUUGUCGGCAUAUGCUGCCCUCCUCAGCAUCCAGGACCUGCUCCUGGAAGAGCUGAGCGAGACAGAGACGCUGACCAGGUCAGCCUGCACCCAGAUCCUGGAGUCGCACAGCCCGGAGCUCCAGGAGCUGGAGAGGAAGCUGGAGGACCAGCUGGCGCAGCAGGAGGCGGCCCAGCAGCAGCAGGCCCUGGCAAGCUGGCAGCAGUGGGUGGCCGAUGGGCCCGAGCUUCUGAACGAGCCUGGGGAAGUGGAUUCUGAAAGGCAGGUGUCCGCUCUCCUGAGGCAAGCCCUGAGCAAGAGUCAGAAGUUACUGGAGCACCACCAGCAGAGUUUGAGAGAGGAACAACAGAACAGUGUUGUGCUGGAAGAUUUGCUGGAAAAUAUGGAGACUGACACCUUCGUGACCCUGUGUAGCCAGGAGCUGAGACUGGCGUCUUACCUCACGAAGAUGACGAUGCUGCCCGGGGCCACGCUGCGCCGGCUCCUGAGCGUGGCCAUGCCUGCAGCUUCACAGCCCCAGCUGCUGGCCCUGCUGGAUUCAGCCAGCGAGAAACAUUCAGACCACGCGGCAGAAAACAAGGGCAGCAGGGAGCAGGCCGACCUGGGCAGGAGGAGGAAACACCAAGGCUGGUGGCAAGCCUUGGAAAGCAAACUGCGAGAAGACCUGAUAAGUAGGGGAUCAGAAAAGAUGCUCUGGGCCCGCAAGAGGAAGGAGAGCAUAUUAAAGAAGACGUGUCUCCCUCUCAGAGAGAGGAUGGUAUUUUCUGGAAAAGGAAGUUGGCCACACCUGUCCCUGGAGCCCAUUGGUGAACUGGCCCCUGUACCUAUUGUAGGGGCAGAGACCAUGGAUGUACUAAACACAGGCGAAAAGCUCUUUAUAUUCAGAAAUCCAAAGGAGCCGGACAUCUCAUUGCACGUUCCUCCCAGGAAAAAGAAGAACUUUCUGAAUGCCAAAAAGGCUGCAAGGGCCUUGGGCAUGGACUAGUCCAAGGGAAAGCUCCAGAGGAGCAUCUGAAGACAGAUUAUUUUCUCUUGCCCACCUGUAGGUGUUUGUUUAUAAUGUACAAUUUGCAAACAUAACAGCACAGGCAUAAGACACAGACUCUCCCAACACGCACUGACUUUCACAAACGCAGUUUAAUCUGGUCUCAUGAAUUUCCAGAUGGCGCACUCUGUUGCACAUCACAGGACAUGAGCACUUAUUGCCUCCAGCCCCACCUCACCAAGGACCUGUAGGAGACCCCUGCCCCCCAAUUCACAUCCCACUAUCUGGCUGCAUGACACACAGUCUGUAUGUUGAAGGCAAGGUUCU